CUUGCCAUGAUUGAUUGAAUAUUGCUUGAUAAUCAUAAAAAAGGAUCAUUUACUAGUCUUUGGUCUAUCUUGCAGAAAUGUGCGCAAAGGCACCAAUAAUCGUCAAGAUUCUGUCUAGGUGGUUAUCGAGAAGAGUGAAGAAAAGAAGAGAAGGAAGAAGAGACUUGUGUGAGAUGAAAAGAAGUAACCAGGGGGCUAGCUAAAGAAGUGAGAGGACCUUUUUGUGAAGAAAGAAGACAAGGAGGAGGGCUAAUGUGUAAAGUUUGCAGAUCAGGGAGGGGAUCAAAAUCCCUAGAUCGCCUCCAUUCCCCAUCGGGCCUUGCCACAUCUCCAUCUCUCUCCCCCUCACCACUCCUUCUCCACCUCCGGCCGCCGCCACGGCCAGGCCGGCGUGGUGGUGUGCCUCCGCAGUCCAUCCACCCACCAGCGCCAUCCAUCACCAGCACCAACACCUAGUGCCACCAUCACCUCCUGCUGCCAGCGCCACCAUCACCUCUUGCCGCUAGCGCCACCACCACCUCACGCGCCCUGCAAUCCAUCUCCCUGCUGCUCCUCCACCUUUCUUCUUGUCCUAACCGUACUGCUGCUCUUCUUCUUCCCUAGCCUCUUUGCUGCUCUUCCUUCUCCAAAUCCCCAAACUGCUGCUCCUCUUUCUUACACGCCUGCCGCUGUUCUUAUUCUCCUAUCUUUCUGCACCACUACUGCCGCUGCUUGUCUCCUGCGUCCCCUGCUGCUCCUUCCUCCCUUACCUUGCUGCUGCACUUCUUGGAAUCCGAAUCCUUACUGCUUCUCUCUCUCUCUCUGAAAUUUCUGUAAAAUUUAGAAGUGUAUGACAUUUAAUAUUCAGAUUUGAACUGUACUUGCAACCUGCUGUUUGAUCUGUUUAAGUACUUGUUUAAUAUGGUGUAUGUGAUCUGAGAUCUGACUAGUUGAGGCUUUGUUACUUUGGGAGAUACUUGAUCUAUUAUAUUUUGGUUCUAUCAAUUAGUAUUCUGCUAGCAUAUAUGUGUGUUCACCCUGUGUACUAGUCCCCUGUACUAGUUAACUUCCAGUACUAGUUAACUUUGUGUGUGUUUAAUUUUCAGUCUCUGUGAUAGCUUCGUCUCUGUGACAAACAUGUUUGUAAUGUGACCCAUUUCCAUUCUGCUAUAUAUGUUCAUGUCCUGUUGUUCCCUUUAUGUUACUGUUUUAGUUUCUCAUGCCAAUAAAAAAUAGUACCAAAAAGACAGAGAGUAUAAUCAGAAUCUCCCUUUGCUUCUUUUCGUUUACUUUGGCGACAAUCAUUGAUAGUUUAGGUUUUAUUUCUGCAUUCAUAAGCUGAAUUGUGUUACCUAGCUUUAUCCGAGCACGAUCAUUGACUUGCCUAGUCCCUGAGGAGAACAUGACACUCGCAGUUUGGGCGUAAAACCCCACUGUACCUACAAUUGAUCAUUUUCGCGCCGUUGCCGGGGACUAGCUUCAUGCGACCGUGUUAGGCUAUAGACUAGGUUUUGCUUUUGUUUCUAUUUAGUGCCAUAUAUUUGUGAUAUAUCUCUUACCCCUAACCACUGUUCUAGUUAUCUUCUUUUUCUUGUUCAUUUUGUAGGUUGAAUUGUCUUAUUGGAAAUGGCAUUCUACUCAGAUCAUCAUGCUUACGUGAGCAUCACUACAAACAGCAUGGGGAGUAUUCAAGAACUAAUAAGUAAGAUUUCCCAUCGAUUAGAUUAUUUAGCUCAGCAGCGAGAAGUAGUUUUUGAGGAUAGGCCUAGCUCUUAUGAUCCUUAUUCUAGAGGCCAUCCUUAUGUUGCUCCUACCUGCCGUAUUUGUGGAUUUCAGGGCCAUUCGCCCAUUAAAUGUCAGCGUAGUUACUCUCACCCUCUAGAUUGUUUUGGCAUGAGCUUUGCUCAAGAGCAUAGCUCAUACCAAAACAAUCACUCACAUGGGUGGCCUGAAAACCCAAAUAUGUCAUAUAGGAGCAACAACCCUGAGAUUUCAUAGUUUGGUUCUAGUAAUCAUAUGCAGGGAUUUAGGUGCAAUGAAGAGAGCAACAAUUAUGCUCCACAACAAUUUCAUUCAGCUCCUAUUCAUGUACCUCUGCACCCAGAGAUGUGUCCAAUGGAGUUAAAUGGUCCUCCAUUUGGUCAACCAACAACUCCAGCACCUGUUGUGCAAUCUCAUGUGCAAGUGCCCACACAAGAUGAGUUUGAUGACAUAGAAAAGCUCACACUUUUGAGUCUCGAGUUCACUUGGAGCGCCGAGGAUGAUCCUAUUAGGAAGGUUAUUCUAGAGGAAAUGAAGAAGAUCAAGAGUGGAAAAGAGCUUGUGGAAGAAGUAAAGAAGAUUGAGAAGAACAUCAACGCUGGCAGUACUAUUUCUUCACAGCUUGAGCUGAGUAUUUGUGGGAUACCCCUUGAUACAUGUGAGGUCCCAACACCUUCACAUUCAGCUGAGCAAGAUAGCGAGAGUCCAGAGGAAGAGAUACUUCAGAUCCAAGAAGAAAUUCUCGAAGCCAAGGCACAAGAUGAUCAAGAGCUGCAAUUCCCAAGUGAUCAAGUUGAAGACUCAUCAUCUACUACUCCUGAAGAAGUACAAGAAGCUGCUAUAGAUGAAGAUGAAGAACCUGAGAUUCAUUGGCCUAUUGUCAUACAUGAGCGUGAAGUGUCAGGUUUACCCAAUCCUCUUAAUGACAUGCUCCCUUAUGAUUUCUUUGCUUCUAACUUGCAUUGCAUGAUGCCAUCACUUAAGGUAGAUUUGAAAAACUAUUUACUUGGACAUGAUCAUACACACCCUGUUAUUGGCAUUACUCUCAUUUGUGAUGAUCACAGUUACUUUCCUCGUGCUAGUUCUAUGCUUAAUGAAACAUAUCAUUCCCAUGCUACUAAUUUCUACCAUCCUAAACAUGUGCUUUAUAGCUAUGCUUAUGUAAUUGGGUAUUCUAUUGAUAAUUUAGAGGGCAUUGACCCUAUCACUUGUAGUCGUUGUUUGUGUGAGUCCUAUUUCAGGUUUUUGCUACUGCACCGUCACUACAUGCUGACCAGGUUUGAGGUGACAUUCCUUGGGACCCCGGUGGAUUUAGAGGAUGGUGACGAGGAGAAGCAACGAGCACACAUGAGGAUGAGAGAAGCAGGAGCGUGUACGAGCACACAAAAGGAGAGGAUGUGAGAUUGAUCGAGCGAGUGCUACAUCAUUUGAAGAGCCUGAAAUGUGCGCAAAGGCACCAAUAAUCGUCAAGAUUCUGUCUAGGUGGUUAUCGAGAAGAGUGAAGAAAAGAAGAGAAGGAAGAAGAGACUUGUGUGAGAUGAAAAGAAGUAACCAGGGGGCUAGCUAAAGAAGUGAGAGGACCUUUUCUUGUGAAGAAAGAAGAGAAGGAGGAGGGCUAAUGUGUAAAGUUUGCAGAUCAGGGAGGGGAUCAAAAUCCCUAGAUUGCCUCCAUUCCCCAUCGGGCCUGGCCACAUCUCCAUCUCUCUCCCCCUCACCACUCCUUCUCCACCUUCGGCGGCCGCCACGGCCAGGCCGGCGUGGUGGUGUGCCUCCGCAGUUCAUCCACCCACCAGCGCCAUCCAUCACCAGCACCAACACCCAGCGCUACCAUCACCUCCUGCCGCUAGCGCCACCAUCACCUCCUGCCGCUAGCGCCACCACCACCUCGCGCGCCCUGCAAUCCAUCUCCCUGCUGCUCCUCCACCUUUCUUCUUGUCCUAACUCUACUGCUGCUCUUCUUCUUUUUCCCUAGCCUCUUUGCUGCUCUUCCUUCUCCAAAUCCCCAAACUGCUUCUCCUCUUCCUUACACGCCUACUGCUGUUCUUCUUCUCCUAUCUUGCUGCACCACUACUGAUGCUCCUUGUCUCCAGCGUCCCCUGCUGCUCCUAACUUGCUGCUGCUGCUCCUUCCUCCCUUACCUUGCUGCUGCACUUCUCUGAAUCCGAAUCCUUACUGCUUCUCUCUCUCUCUGAAAUUUCUGUAAAAUUUAGAAGUGUAUGACAUUUAAUAUUCAGAUUUGAAGUGUACUUGCAACCUGUUGUUUGCUCUGUUUAAGUACUCGUAUAAUAUGGUGUAUGUGAUCUGAGAUCUGACUAGUUGAGGCUUUGUUACUUUGGGAGAUACUUGAUCUAUUAUAUUUUGGUUCUAUCAAUUAGUAUUCUGCUAGCAUAUAUGUGUGUUCACCCUGUGUACUAGUCCCCUGUACUAGUUAACUUCCAGUACCAGUUAACUUUGUGUGUGUUUAAUUUUCAGUCUCUGUGAUAGCUUCGUCUCUGUGACAAACAUGUUUGUAAUGUGACCCAUUUCCAUUCUACUAUAUAUGUUCAUGUCCUGUUGUUCCCUUUGUGUUACUGUUUUAGUUUCUCAUGCCAAUAAAAAAUAAUACCAAAAAGACAGAGAGUAUAAUCUGAAUCUCCCUUUGCUUCUUUUCGUUUACUUUGGCGACAAUCAUUGAUAGUUUAGGUUUUAUUUCUGCAUUCAUAAGUUGAAUUGUGUUACCUAGCUUUAUCCGAGCAUGAUCAUUGACUUGCCUAGUCCCUGAGGAGAACACGACACUCGCAGUUUGGGCGUAAAACCCCACUGUACCUACAGUUUAUCAUUUUUACUCCUCCGCAGCCCCCAGCUUUGAACAAAAGGAGCUCUUGGAGGAGGGGCAGACAUAGGGAAGGAUGCCGCUGCAGAAGCCCUCAAAAUUGCCACUAAAGAGGGGCACGCCGAGCCCCUCAAGGACGCCCAGAGAAAUCCCCAGCAGCUCGACUGGCCUCAUCAUGGAAGUGGAGGAAAAAGCGCCCCUCCAAAGUGAUGCCUCAAACCUGAGGGUAACUCUCCCGGCAAGUGGCCUGGCAAUGGUCAUUGAUCAUCCGACCCGGGCAGCCCUCGGUUCAUCAGUCAUUGCCGGGGUGAAUUUUGAUGAAGAAAUCUGCUGCAUACUGCCCCCUUGACCCAGAGGACGACGGAAGUGAUUGACCCGGGUGACAGCUCCAAGGAAUUGGCAUUUCUGGAGUCGAUGGCUGCCGGACCUAAGGAAGUGCAGGAAACGGCAAGCGAUUCAGGAUGAUCGCAAAGCCUAUUAUUCGGCCACCCGCCAACUGAAAGACAAAACUAAGGAACUGCGCUCCUGGUACAACGCCCUGUCUCGAGAACUUAGGGACCAGGAGGAGAAUAUGGCGGCUGCUACAGAGAGAGUGCGGACUCACGAUGCCAUGCUGAAGGAGCACGAGACGCUGCCCAACACCCAAGCCAAGGAUCUUGCCUCUCGGGAGCAGGCUUUGGCCGCCGCUAUCUGUGCCAAGGAUAAUGAGCUGGAAAGCCUUGUUCAGCAGCACACCAAGCAUCUGGAGGACAGCCACAAGAGGGCCAUCAACUUGCAGGCUCAUGAUGCGGCCGCCAAACUGAAGGAAAUCUCUAAUAAUCUUGCCGCCACUUCUGCAAUCAAAACAGAGCUUGAAACCCACGCAGGUAAACUGGAGGAGGAGGUUGCCGGGAAAAAGAAGAAGAUCGAGGCCCUCCGGGAAGAAGCACGAAAAACAUCCUCCAUGCUGGAGGGGCUGCAAUCGCAUCUUACAUCUAAGGACCAGGUUCUGAAGGCUGCUUCCAGCACCAUUGAAGAUCUGAGCACCAAGCUGGACACUCUUGAGAAAGGUCUUGAGCAGGCGAAGGACCCUGAGAGGGCCUUGGCAGAAGAGGUCAAUACUACCAGAGCUCUUAGCAAGGACGCAGAAGACAAACUCAAGGAGCAAGUCGAGCUGUACAACCUCUGGUCGAAGAGCCUAGUGAACAUAGAUGAGCGUAUUUCCUCCCAGAUCGCGACUAUGAACAUGAAGAGCUAGACUUUCUCCCUCAACGAGCAUGAGAUCCCAAGUGUCAAGCUGACAUAUUUCUUCGAGGUGCUCAUUGAGGGGCCGAAGACAUAUGAAGAUGAUAGAUCAGCCUGCUUCGCCAGCGAGUCUCGAAAGUUUGCCCGGGAUGCCAUCAUCACUCUUCUCGUCAAUUAUCUGCAUCGCCAUCCCGACGUCGACAUCUCCGAUGCCUUCGAGAGGCUGCCGGCCAGGACAGAUACUUCUGCUGUCGCUCACGUUGUCGACAAGGUCGUCCUUGUGGCUCCGGUCCAAGGAGGACGCCGGGAUUAACUUCUCUUGCUCCGUCUGUUGUGGCGCUGCCAAACAAAAGGACAUAUUUCGGCCUGAUGUUAGGCCUCGCUACCUGCGGUGAUGUAAUAGCAUUUCUUAAGUAGCUGUGUGGACCAAUGCUAUCCUUUAAGUUUAUAUUGCCCGUUGUUUU